AUGUUUUCUGAUAAAAUGGAAGAACACAACAGAACCGUGCUGAGCGAAUUCAUCCUCAUGGGAAUCACAGACCGCCCCGAGCUGCAGGCUCCAUUGUUUGGGCUCUUCCUCAUCAUCUACGUGACCUCCGUGGUGGGCAACUUGGGCAUGGUCAUCCUCACUAAGGUGGACUCCAGGCUACAGACACCCAUGUACUUCUUUCUCAGGCACCUGGCUCUUACUGAUCUCGGUUAUUCAACAGCGGUAGGACCCAAAAUGUUGGUAAAUUUUGUUGUGGAUCAGAAUAAAAUCUCCUAUUAUUUGUGUGCUACACAGAUGGGUUUUUUCAUCAUGUUCAUUAUUAAUGAACUUUUUAUUCUGGCGACAAUGUCUUAUGAUCGCUAUGUGGCCAUUUGUAACCCUCUGCUCUACACAGUCAUCAUGUCACAAAGGGUGUGUAAAGUGCUGGUGGCAAUUCCUUAUGUCUAUAGCACAUUUGUGUCUCUGUUGAUCACCAUAAAGCUUUUUAAUUCAUUCUUCUGUGGCUAUAAUAUCAUCAAUCAUUUCUACUGUGACAAUUUCCCCUUGUUAUCUUUGCUUUGCUCAGACACACAUGAAAUUGAACUUAUGAUAAUGAGUUUCUCAUCUUUUAAUUUGAUUUUCACCCUUACGAUAGUUCUUGUGUCUUACCUGCUUAUCCUUGCAGCUAUUCUCAGGAUGAAAUCUGCGGAAGGUAGGCGGAAGGCUUUUUCUACCUGUGGAUCCCACCUGACAGUGGUCACCGUGUUCUAUGGCACUUUGACAUUUAUGUAUGUGAAACCCAAGUCCAGUCAUUCCUUUGACACUGAUAAAGUGGCGUCUAUAUUCUACACUCUUGUUAUUCCCAUGUUGAAUCCUUUGAUUUACAGCUUAAGAAACAAAGAUGUAAAAUAUGCACUACAGAAGAUGUGGAGAAAACUAUUUAGCAUCUUUUCGUAA